AUGGAGGCUAACUUGGGAUCCCUGCAAAAUCCACAUCUAAGCUCUGUCCUGUCGUCGUGUGAGCCAGAGCUGCAGGAGCUGAUGCGACAGAUUGACAUCAUGAUCAACCAGCAGAGGAAGGGCUGGGAGGCUGAGAUCCAGACCAUGAGGCUCCGGCUGAAGGGAGGAGAGGACGAGCUGCUGACUUCCAGGAACCUUAUAAAACGGAGGGAUUUGGAGAUCGGACUGCUCCACAAGCAGCUAGAAGAUGUCCAGACUGAUCGACAAGAGUUAGAUGCCAAGUACGAACAACAACUACAGAAUGUUCGGGAAGAGUUGGAUAAAUUAAAGCGAAGUUACCACAAGCUCCAGCGCAAACAUGUAAAGGAAACCAGUGGAGGAGUGAAGGAGAAGAACCUUUCAGAGGUGAACCAACUGCAUAACAAGAUUGAGGAAUAUCGUCAGCGGGCUGCAGAGUGGGAACAGCAACACGUCCAAUCCCAGAAACAGCUGACGGCACUGGAGGCCCAGAAUCGGAGCCUGACUGAUGAGCUCACGCAUGUGAAGACUCAGUGGGCAUCAUGGCAGACAGAGAAAGAGCACAGGGAGUGUGUGGAGGUGAAGAAUCUGAGGACUCAGCUGGAGAAGACUCAGAGCAGCCUGCACUCACAGGAGCUUGAACUGGAGAGACUCCGGCCACUCGAGCUGUGGCUGGGACAGAACCAGAGAGAGCAGCAGGGGUUUUCAGGGGAACGGGAGCAGCUUCAUGCCCAGCUGGACUCCCAGGAUGCAUCUGUGCAAAGAGCCAGUUUUGAACAGCAAAGGCUUCGUAAUGAAGCUGCCAGACUCAACCAACAGCUGCAAGCUAAAGAUCAAGUAAUUUGCUCUCUGGAGGACUGCUUAACAGCUCAGGGCUGUGCCAGUGUGGAAACCCUCAGACGAGAUCUGGAGAGGACUGCAACCAAACUGCACUGUGCUCAGGCCUGUGAGGUUCAUCUCAAGACUGAACUGGCCUGUCUCAAAGAGAGACUGGAUAAAGCAAAUCGACUGAGAGAACAAGACCUGAGAAGCAUAAAAGCAGAACAUGACUCUUCUGUUACUGAGCUGAAAAAGCUGAGAGAGGAGCUUCAGACGACCAAGCAGACUCACAGUGGUGAGUUGGACGGGAUGAGGAAGGAGGUGUCGAAGCUGACCGGCGAGCUGCACCAGCGCCACCUCACCAUCACCUCACUGAGCGGCUCCGCGGCCGACAUCCAGCAGCAGCUGUGUGGCGAGGUGAAGCGAGCACAGCAGAAGGCAGCUGAGCUCAGAAUGACUCAGACACAGCUGGAGACUUUACAAACUGAGAACCAUCAUCUAAAGGAUCUGCUGCACAGACUGGAUUCUCAGUCACCAAAGAGGGGGGACUCCAUGCUUGCAUCACUGAAGGAGAGUUACCGUUCCUCGCUGAGCAGCCUGGAGCAAGAGAAUCAGAAGCUCAGGCAGGCACUCAGUGAGAUGGGAGCCCAAGUCGGGGGGAUGUCCAUCAAGGACAAUUCUGAAAGUCCCCUGCUCAGCCAUGUUGUAACCGGCAGAACAUGGCCCGCUCAGGACAAGAAUGAAGAUACCAGACAUCACAAACACCAGGAGGAGGCUAAGCCGCAGGAGAACCCCACUCGCCAUGAAGGAAAGAUCCAGAGGCUCUUUGGAGAGCUGCACACGCUUUCGAAGCCACACACAGACCAGCCCUGCAGCCAGGCCCAAGACGAUAGGCCUCAGUCAUCAGCUUCUUCUUCUUCCUCCUCCAGCAACAGCAGAUUGAUCAGGAUAAACGCUGUGCCAAUGUCAAGUUCAAAUGAAUCUACUGAGCAACAGAGCUCCAGCUCCGAAGACUCGCUGAACCUUGUGUCCAGGCAGAAAGUCCCUCCUGCUACCUCUCCUCUGGAACCUUCUUCAGCUUCACCUGCGGACAGCAUGGUCAAUCAUUUCCUGGAAGAGGAAAUGUUAUUGACCAACGAGCUGUUCCAGAGACUGGACACCCACAUCCAGGGGAUGAGAGAGAACAACAUUAGAACAGCCUCCAAGUACCUGCCCACUGGCUCAGAGCCUGACUCCCCCCACACAUCUGUACAGAGUGAUCAGUGAGUGAC